GGGACGGCCGGGAGGAGGCGGCUGCUCGCUCGCCGGAUCAUCGGCCGUGGCCGUCGAAAGCUGCGAAUUUGCCGCUUGCCCCCGAAUACGUACGUAUACGUACAGUAGUAAAAUAAAAGUAUACCCAGUUUUGUCGCUGUUAUUACAGGCCAAAUGCCACUCCACCCCUGAACCACUGAACCAGUGCCCCCGAGCUCUGUUCCUUCCUCCCCUGUUUAUUUUCCAUUCGAUCGAGCGCAGCCAAUGGCGAACUAGGGUUUCGGCCCCUCCGCCAACCAACGGCUCCGGCGAGCGACGGACGGGCUUAGCCAGGCCGGAGCGGCGGCGGUUGCAAGAGCAGAGGAGCUGUGCCAUGUGGUGGCGGCAUUACCCCCGCAACCACGUCGGCGAUGACAAGACGCAGUUCGUCGCCGUGGCUACGGGUGGUUUCAGGCACAGCAUGAACAUACCGCAGGAGGUUGGAAAUCAUUUGGGGAGCAUGAUCUCGGAGACCAUCAAACUAGAAGCUCCUAAUGGCAUAUUCCAUAUUGGAGUGUGUAGAAGAAAGACGGGUGAGCUAGUUCUUCGGGCUGGCUGGGAUAAGUUUGUCGCAAUGCAUCACAUAGAAGAAAAUUAUUCUUUUUGGUUUGUGUACCAUGGGAACUCUACCUUUAAGGUUCAUAUAUUCAAUUCUAACGGUCGUGAGAAGGCUACUUUCUGUUCUAAACCACCUUCUGAGAGCUUUGGUGGUGUUCCACCUGCCGCAACUUGCGAUCAUCAUGUGCUGAAUGAACAAGUACCGUCUGUUUCUGGAAAUGUUUAGACCUCAACUGACUCUGGCUAUAGCAUGUUACCUGGCUGCCAUCUAGCACAAGAUGAGACAUUUUUAUAACGCCC